AUGUCCACAGAUUAUGAAGACCUAAUAGAGGAAUUAGACACGAUAGAAGCAAUCUAUCCUGAUCUUCUGACAAAAAGAAUAGAUGAAUCCGGUCUAAUCCAAAUAAAAGUUCCACAACAUGAAUAUUUCUCCUUACAAAUUUCAUUUCCAACCCAUUAUCCAUCUAAAGAACCGCCGCAUCUAUUAGAAAUAUCGAUCUCCAAGAAAGAUAUCCCAUCGAACGUAAAUAUUGAAUUAUACGAUUUGAAAUACUUAGAAUUCCUGUUCCAAGAAGUACUGGAUUCUGUACAUCAUCCAGGUUCAGUAUGUCUCUUCGAUUUUUUAACAGAACUAGACGGUAUUUUAUAUAUAGAAGAUGAACCAACAACAACAAACGGAAUUCAACAGGACACGUCACAACCAGAACAAUCGUCAAUUCCAACAGAUCCUUUUGAAGGUUGGACAGCAUCUGACCCUAUCACAGAUAGAGGCUCCACAUUCAUAGCGUUUGCUGCAAAAGUGGAUUCUGAAGAUGAUGCAUUCAUGAAAUUACAACAAUUGAAAAUGGAUCAUAAGUUACAAAGAGCAAAUCACGUAAUGAGUGCUUGGAGAAUCAAAUCCAUGAAUGAUGAUAACAAUACCGAGAUAAUAUAUCAGGAUUCAGACGAUGAUGGAGAAACUGCCGCAGGCUCGAGAAUGUUGCAUUUGAUUACUAUAAUGGAUGUUUGGAACGUUAUUGUUGUAGUAGCGAGAUGGUUUGGUGGAGUUCAUAUCGGACCAAGUAGAUUUAAGCACAUCAAUUCUACCGCCAGAGAAGCUGUCAUUCGAGCUGGCUUUGAGACUAAUAACAAAAAAUAG